GGCCAAGGUGCAAAGAAGGAUUCAUUCCUCCAUAUUUGUAUAGCCAUGAGCUUAGCCGUCGGUAAUUUUUCAAGCCGUAAAUAAAGAGUGCAAAAAUGACUGAAUAGAGCAGCUAAAGCGAUGCACUAACAACGGUAGUGGUACGGCCGCUGUGGAAAUUGUCAGUGUUGUGUGCGCGGCGAGUUGUCGGGUGUAUCGAUUUUGCGUUCGACACCAGCGAGUGUGUAUCGUCGUCUUCUUCGCUGGUGCACUUUUUCCCCGACCCCGAGUGGACUGCUGCGGUAAAGGAUCUGCGUAUCUAUGUGAAAAGUAAGAGGGUGGUUCGCAAAGCGUUUCCCGGAACCUUGGUGCGCGAUCCAUUUUCCAGUGCGAAAAGUGCAUCCCCCGGGGGCGAAGAAAACGUGUGUGCGUGCGUGCGUGCGUGUGUGAUAAUUGUGUGCUAUAGCGCAGCGGGUUGCAUAUACGACAGGCAAUUUUGCAUGGAUCAGUGAGCCUUCUUCCCGUGUGAAAAAGUCAACGCACAGCGAAGAAGCAGAAAAAGUAGCCCGUCAUAUAAUAGCUCCUGGGGUUGGUUGAAGAGGAGGAGAGGGAGCGAGAUGCAAGUGUAAAGUUUGCUCUGUGUGUGUGUGUAUGGGAGCGUGUGUUUGUGUGUGCGUGCGUGUAUCUCUGCCUGCCCGAAUCGCGGUGUACAUCAAGUGUGUAAGUGUGUGCGUGUGUGUGUGUACGUGCUUAUAUUAUCUGUAUGCAUCGUUGAUCCUGCCAGCUUCCUGCCAGUUUCGCGGCCUACUCUUGCUGCCGGUUGUGCGUAGUGUGCAAAGUUCCCGUCAACAUUGCGCUAAUGUCCCUGUAGUAUGCAAUGGGAAUGUAUCGCAAGCCGACUACAAAUAAUAAUGUGUGCGCAGUGAUUUCUUCCAAGAACGUGUUCCGUGUGCGGAGGAUGUGCUAGAACAGCAGCGAAAUAUCAAUCUUCUGGAUAUCAAAUUGUUGUGGCUUUUGAAAGUAUCAUGUGAAAUUGACCCAGUACAUAAAAUCAUCACAUCCAUAUUAUAGAGACGCAGCUGUGCAUAAUUGAUAAGCAAUCGAAAUUAACAUUAAGAUUUAAGUGUUAACAAACGAAACGAAAUGGAUGGAACACAGUAAACCCGAAACAGUUAUAAUCAACGUAGAUAAGAAGAAGUAAGGCGCGCUAUUAUGCUGCUGUAUUCAAUCAAAUGCAUUUGAAAAGAUCAAUACAUUUGUCCGAUUAAAAUGGUAUUGCUGGCCCAAGGGCCGUGGCCCUUCGAGACUGUUGCCCAACUGCGAAAUAGCUGGAACGUUGAUCAAGUUAUAAACGGCGAUCGUAGUAGUUGCUAUCAUUACCCGUGCGCCAUUUCAACCGAAUCUACAGUUUCGUCAACCGAGCGACAAGUAAACGAUACACAAUUCUUCCAAAGGACAACCGAAUCGCCCGUUGGCUGCAUACAACCUGAGAAAGAGCCUUUGUGUGAAGCGUUCCGGUCUACGUUAUUAUUAUUAUUAUUAUUGUCGUCGAACGUCGCCGCUAACGUGACCAGAGCAAACCGGUGGCAAAGAUUGUUGAUGGGCCCGCUGGCGGCGGAAGCCCCGCAUUCUUUCACUGCAUGGAUUCAAUGAGUCGCAACGAGGCGAACAGCAGCAGCCACCACCAGAACAAGGUGGUCUUAAUGAAUCAAGGAACUGAUAGCAAUAACGAAGGAGCUAAUAAUCUAACAAGUAGCGGUAGCACCAGUAACAGCAGCAGCAGCAGCAGCGGCGGCGCCAACAGCCACAGCAACAGCACACGAGGCAACAGCAGCACUAGCAGCGGCAGCAGCAGCAGUAGUAGCAGUAGUAGAAACAACCUUAUUAGUAUUAGCGGUAGCAAGAGCAAUAGCGGCAGCAGUGACGGCGUUGGCAACCCUUGUAACGAGUCGUUCAGUGGUAGCAAAGGGAACCCCGCUGCCCAUCAGCAACAUCGUCUUCAGCAGCUUGAUACUGCGUCGGGAGAUUCGGACCGAGGCAGCUACAACCCGCUGGUAGUGGGUGUUGUUGGGGUGGUGCCGGCUAUCGUCAAUCCUGCAGCGUCAUCAGCUGCGGCAGAUAUAAAGGAUUCUAACUUUGAUGACGACAACGAGUGGGACGUGGGAAUCGGAGAUUUAAUCAUCGAUCUAGACGCCGAUAUUGAGAAGACUGGUGCCAGUCAGCAGCAGCAGCAGCAGCAACAACAACAGCAGAGACAGCAGCAGCAGCAGUCUCAACAACAACAGUCGGGUGGUGGUGUGCUUCAAUUCCUAUCAACCGGCGGUGGUGGAAGUGGCAGUAGUGGUGAAUCCACAGCAGUCAUUUCGUCCGUAACUAGUAGUCAUAGAAGUAAUCAAGCGCGGAGUGGUGACGCUUCGGGAAAGGGUAGGAAAACCAGUCCGACCAGUGUUUCAAGCGACACUAGAGAGAAGCAUACAUCGUCAGGCGCAGGAAGCGCCACGAGUAGCUCGAAGGGACACCAUCAUCAUCACCAUCACCAUCACCACCAUCAUCAUCAUCACCAUCAUCGUCACAAGCAGCAGCAGCAGCAGCAGCAGCAGCAAUUGAGUGGCAGCAAUAGUAGUAGCGGUAGCAGCAGUACCAGCUUGAGCUCAGCAGAGAAAGGUGGAGAAUCGCAGGGUAGAGCUCGUACCUCAAGUAAUACUUCGACGGGUAGCUUAGAACCUCCUGCAGUGGUAAGCACUGCUGCUCCUACGUCUUCUGUAGCACAAGGAGUGAGACCUCAUUCGGGCAACGACGCCACCGACACCGGCAGUGGCAGUUCGCACACCCACAGUGGUAGUCGAAGCAAACAGAACGCACCGGCGGGAAGCGGCAGCAGCAGCAGCAAUACCACAAUGUCUUCGACUACCAGCAGCUCGGGCAGCAAGUCGACGACCAAACUGUCCGUUGACCAUCAAGCAACCUUGGACAAGGGGCUUAAGAUGAAGAUAAAGCGCACUAAACCUGGCACCAAAACGUCCGAAGCAAAGCACGAAAUUGUCAAAUCAGAUCAAAAUGGCACCACACCCACAACGGCCACAUUAAGUGCGGGAGGUGGUACCGGGGUCGGCACGACGGGCAUCGGAUCGUCCGCUGCCCUAACGAACACCACUGGCGUUACAGGCAUGACCACGGCGUCGUUGGUAGGCACCGCAUCCGGAUCGUUGCCGGCCGGUGUUGGUGGGCUGGGUGGUGGUGGACCGUCGAUGAACGUCAGCGGCGGAGGGACAACUACCGGUCACUUAGCGACUGAUGCCGAUGGUACGGGUAUUGGCGGUGGAGGAACCCUCGGAACGGGAGGAGUUGGAGGAGUAAUGAGUUCGGGUCUAAAUUCGUCAACGGGUGGCAGUGGCCAUGGAACCGGCGGAUCGGGCGUGAUCGGUUCCGGUGUCAACUGUGGCAAUAACGUUCUCAAUAGCAAUACACCCAACGGCAGUAACAGCAGUAGUUUAAGUAUGAGCAACAGUGGCAACGCGGCUAAUAACGGUGGAGCUGGUAGUGGGAACAGCAUCAACACCGGCGGUAGCAUCGUGUUGGGUAGCUCCGGCAAGAAGCAUUCAUCACAGUCGUCCACCGGUAGCAUGGGCACGAUUGGGGGUAACGGCAGUAGUGGUGGCGGCAGUGGCAGCGCUCAACAGCAGCUGGGCUCCUCCAGUAUGCUUACCUCGCAACAGCAACAGUCCCAGCAGCAGCACCAGCAUCCACAGCAACCGGCACAAAGCGGUUCAAACAAGCGCGGCAGCAGCAGUCACCGGAGAGACAAGGGCAAGGACAAAGCUACACACCACAAUCAACGGGACAAAAAUGAGCAGCAGCAUCAAGGAUCCGGAGGAGCUAGUGGUGGUGGUGGUGGUGGCGGCGGGCCAGCAGAUAUUGGUGGGAUUGGUCCGGCCGGACUGCCCAAUAGUCGGUCCUCGACUGGUAGUAGUAGUAGUAGUGGCAGCAAUUGCAUUUGUGUGGUCAAUCACGAUGUACAAGUAAACGGGUUACUUCAACAGCAGCCCUGCUCCAGCGCGUCCUGCGUCUAUGCCAAGUCCGGAAGCAACAGCGGUGAUCAUGGUGGCGGUGGCAGUAUAACACUCGGCUCAUCGCACCGAAUCGGAGCAGGAGGAAUCAUUCCAGGGAGUUUAAGUGUUGGUACGGGUGCGAACGCUGGCAGUGCUGGCAACACCCCGAACGCUCCUGGCCCUCCGGUACUGGGAAAGGACAUCAGUAAGCUGCUUAACUUAAAUGUCCCCAGUGCGGGAACACACAAUUCCAGUGGGAAUAAUGCCAGCAACAGCAGCAGUAUAUCCGGCACAGCAGGAGGGUCAAGCAGCAGCAGCAGCAGCAGCAUCACGAGUGCCAACAGCGGCAGCAUUCAUACUGGCGGAACCGGUGUGCUAAAAGCUCAACUGCAGGCUGGAACCAUGGUCGGAGCUGCUGCCGGUGAUGCUUCCGGAACGACGCCAACAAACAUGAUGGGUGUGGGAAUGUUUGCCAGCGGUGUUGCAUCCUCCUCGCCCAACCUGUCGGCGGCUCUUGCGGCACACGACGACAAAAGUGGCGCGAGUCCUCCGCCCGCCAAGCGCCACAAGGGCGAACGGAAGGAAAUGGUGGAUGUGUGCGUCGGUACGUCCGUUGGCACAAUCACGGAGCCGGACUGUUUGGGUCCUUGCGAGCCGGGCACGUCCGUCACGCUGGAGGGAAUCGUUUGGCAUGAAACGGAGGGCGGUGUUUUGGUGGUGAACGUUACCUGGCGAGGCAAAACCUACGUCGGAACGUUGAUCGAUUGCACCAAGCAUGAUUGGGCACCUCCGAGGUUUUGCGAUUCCCCCACGGAAGAAUUAGACUCGAGAACGCCGAAAGGACGGGGCAAAAGGGGUCGCAGUUCCGCAUUGCUGCCAUCGAACGAUCUAAGCAAUUUCACCGAAACGCGAAGCUCGAUGCACAGCAAGUUAAGAAAUGGUGGUUCGAAAGGGCGUGGAGGAAGAGGAGGUAUUAUUGAGCCGAAUGCGGCAAGCAGCGGUGCAACCGGUAGCACGAAACUUCCUACGCUCACAGCCAGUGCAGCUGUUCUUGUUGGAGCAGCUAACAACGGUGGGUCGCUCGGUGCGGGGGGCAACACACCGUCGACCUCCCCGGUAGCGUUCCUUCCGCCACGGGCAGAAAAGCGCAAAUCAAAAGACGAGUCGCCUUCCCCACUGGGUGCCGGCAGUGGUGGUGGUGGUGGUAGCGGCUCGGGAGCAGUCGGCAGUAACAAUGGUGCACAGCAGAGCAACACCAUGAGCAAUAAUGUGAUAAACUCGGCGCCUGUAAAUAUGGCCAGCAACAACAGCUCCGGCACUGGAGGCAAUGGUUUUAAUAAUGGAGCCAACGCCGACGGUGGCGGUGGCGGCCACACGCCGAACACCGCAUCAAUCGUUAAUCUCGUAACGGGAUUGAACGUACAGGUAAGCGGCGGCGGUGGUGGUGGUGGUGGGGGCAGCAGCGGGAGCGGCAACAGCACCGGCGGCGGUGGAGGAUCGGCCUGCAAAAAGGCGAAAAGCAGCACGGCAGCAGCGUGUGCUAUUUCGCCGGUGUUACUCGAGUGUCCUGAGCAAGACUGUAGCAAAAAGUACAAGCACGCCAACGGGCUGAAGUACCAUCAGAGCCACGCACACGCGGGCAGUGCCUCUUCGAUGGAUGAGGAUUCACUGCAAGCUCCCGAGUCCCCGCAACGAAUAGCACCUUCGCCCACAACCAACAGCACGGCUCCGUCGCCCCUGUCCAUGGUGGUCGGCAGCACAGCGCUUCCUGCAUCGGGCACAGCCGGUGGCGGCGGUUCAUCGUCGGCUGGCAAUAACAGUGAGCUCGUACUAGCCCUGUCUACCGCGCCGGGCGGCUCCGGCUCUGGCUCUGCCAUAGCGACGUCCGCUGCACCGUCACCAUCACAAACCGGGCCCGGUUCUGCUUCCUCCUGCAUUUCAACGAUGUCUAGUCAAUUGUCACAACAAAAUUUAGCAUCUAAACAACAGUCUGCGCUUGGCACAACCAAUGCCAGCACAAUCAACAACGGCGGUUCCGCUGUGGGUGGUAGCUCUCAAGACGCUGCGGCAAGUAGCAUUCUGCAUCAGCCAGCAUCCACCGAUCAAAGCCCGUCAUCGGCUGUACCUUCGGGGGGACAAUCGCUUGGAGGCAAUGAGCAGCAAGAUGUGGCUCACGGUAGUACCGCCGGCGAUCUGUCGACCGAUGGAGGUUCAGCACCAAUGAACGAUGAAGAGCCAGCAGCGGGAGGCAUAAAUGCCAAUGCACCGGCAGCAAUAGCCCGAUCGCCGGCAGUUAACAUGGGAAUGUUGUCGAAUCCUCCUGCAUCUGCUCCUUCGACACCCGCGGAAGCCCAUAAACCUCCGCACAGUUACGCUAAGCAGAAGAAGAGUCGCAAAUCGCCCGGUCCAUCCUCCGCCAACACCGAUUACGAUUCACUGGCUUCGUCGGCGGCCAACCGUACCGAAGACGUGCAGAGUCCUGCUUACAGUGAUAUCAGUGACGAUUCUACUCCCGUUACCGAUGCGACUGACCUGCCCAUGGGAGCAGCAGAAAAAUCAAAAGGAUCUCAUCUGACGGAAAGCACCAGAAAACCUAACGAAGCCCCGGUGGAAUCGGUGAACAAUCCUAGCAACAGUGCCCCCGUUGCUGCGGCAAGUGGCGGUCCUCUCGGUGCAUUAUCCAGCUAUGGGCUUUAUCCCUAUUACGCCGGUUUACCGCAUCAGCAACCACCUCCGCCACCGCCCCCCGGUGGUCCAUACUUCCCCACGGCGGCCGACCUUGGCCCGAAUAAGCCUCCACCGCCUCCGCCGAUUGGUGCGGUCCCCUUACCUCACGGUGUAGCCAGUAGCAUUGCGCCUCCGCAGCAGUCUGCCACGGUCGCUGGAGGGCCGCUCGAGUACAGUAAAAACAAGGAGCCGCCGUUGGAUCUUAUGAACAAACCGAGCAACGCAGGACCACCCCAACACCCGUUGCAUCAGUCACAACCUCCUGCGUCGUCCGCACUACCCCCGCCGCCAUCGUUGGCACCGAGCGGGCCACCUGCUGGGCCAGAUGGUGUGCGUACGUCCGGUGGGCUAAUGCUGAAUCCUUCCGUAACUGCCGGACUGUCCGCACUGACCGGCGGACCCGAUGUGAAGGAUGGCUCCAUACUAAACGCUGGUCCUCCACCACCCCCGCCGGGUGGGAAAGUACUAUCGCACUACUAUCCCUACAGCUACGUUCCACCCGGGUAUAAUUACCCUGGGCUCGAUGCUGGCUAUGGUCAGCUGUCGGUGAUAUCGGACGACUCGAAACACAGCCCGAUUCUCACAGUCAAGGAAGAGCGAAUGAAAGAGAGUCAAAGCCCUAGCGAGUACAGUAAAUUGGGUGCUUCUCCGCUUAUGGCCUCGAAACUCAUCAAAUCGGAAUCUACGAAAGACAUAAAGACUGAACCCGGCCUAAGUGGAAGUGGCGGCGGACCGUUACACGGACCCGGCCUGCACCCGAAAGAUCCGCAACAGGCUGGCCCAAAUCAACAACCGCCUUCCCUGCCACCCCAAUCGCUCGGUCCGUAUGGUAGCAUGUUCCGACACGGGCUGGGCGUUGGCCCACCACCACCCGGUGGUCCGCCACCACCGCCGUCCCACAUCCCCACAUCACGAGAGGAAGAUCUUCGCAGAAUGUUCAGCUACGGCGAUCAGCGACGUAAUCCACCACCCGCAGGCCAUCCCGGCGGUCCACCGGGGCUUCCGCCCGGUCUUAAUCCGAAAGACGAGCCACACUCGCCUUCAUCGCACGGGCAAUCGCAACAGCAAUCGGGCUUGCACGGGCAACCACUAACGAGCCAGAGUUCGGGCAAAAGCUCCAAAUCUUCUUCCGGCCAAUCGUCGUCCUCCUCCGGCAGCAGUAGCAAAGGCAUGGGCAAAGGUUCGGACAGUGGUAGCGGCAGCAUCAAGCAGGAGGAGAAAGAAAGUGCCCUGAAAAUCAAACAGCAGCAGCAGCAGGAAGGACAAAAGCCAACCAUGGAAACGCAAGGUCCGCCGCCACCGCCAACGUCACAGUACUACUCACCGUCGCUCUACAUGAGCGCGUCCCCGUUCGGGUUCGAUCCGAACCACCAAAUGUACCGGCAGAUGCUGGUUUCGACCGCGCCGUACUCUGCGCCACCGUACCACUUGCAAAUACCGCGCUUCAACCACCCGCCCGAGGAUCUGUCGCGCAAUCCGAGCACGAAAGCGCUCGAUCUGCUGCAGCACCACGCCAGUCAGUACUACAACUCGCACAAGAUACACGAGCUGAGCGAGCGCGCAAUGAAAAGCCCGACCAGCAACAGCGUUAAAGUAAGCGUAUCAAGUCCCAAUCUCUCGCAGCAACCCGGUUGCCAAAAUCCUAAUCUAUGCAUUCCUCCACCAAACAGUAGUAGCGCAGGAUUGUCUUUACAGCAACAGCAGCAGCAACAGCAGCAGCAGCAGCAGCAGCAGCAGCAGCAACAGUCAGCUGCUGCCGCGCAACAACAAUCAGCAAAUGCUAGUAGUGGUGGCGGUGGUGGUGGUGGUGGUGGUGGUGGUGGUGGUGGCGGUGGUGGUAGUAGUGGUGGCGGAGGUGGCGGCGGCGGUGGUGGUGGUGGUGGUGGGCCACCGCCAUUACAGCAAUCAUCGCAACCUCCUUCAUCGGGCAACCAUAUGCAAGGAUCAUCAGUAAAUAGCAAUAGCGGGAGCAGUGGUAGUGUAAAUAGUGGCAAUACCGGUGCCAGCGGUGGUCCCGGUGGAGCAAAUAGUGGUAGCGGGGGCAGCGGCAGUGGUAAUGCUGGCGAAGGCAAAGAUCACGGUGGUGGCGGAAGUAGUUCUGGCAGUUCGCAACAGCAAUCGUCCUCCGGUGGUGGCAACGGCGGAACUCGAAGUCCACCGCCACAGCGUCACGUGCACACACACCAUCACACCCACGUGGGACUCGGUUACCCGAUGUUUCAAGCACCGUACGGAGCCGUACUAGCGAGUCCACAGGCGGCCGCCGUCACUGUGCUAAGUCCUUUCCAGACCGGACCGCCAACCAAGUGAAGCAAGGAAAGGCCCUAUCAACGGCCCGUCGCCAGAUAAGCACCGAGCAACGGUUGGCAGCCGCGUGUGUUCCUUCCGUUGCAGGGUUGUGUGCGUGAUGCAUGUGAUAAACAUAUGUACGACUGUACGAUUCCAUUACACGCACACACUCUCUCUCUCGCUCUCUCUCUCCUUUCCCACAAACACCUACACUCUCUUAUCACGGCUGUGUGACGCCACUAAGCGCGCGAUCAUCGGCCACACGCGGUAGGGAGCAGCAUCAUUUUCCUUUCGGGGAAAGAGAACAAGCAACCGACAGGACAAAUAUCAUUUACAUCUCGCAAAACGAUUGGUAGUCUUGUUGUUGUUGAAGAGGCGGACCAGUGCGCUUCAGUUCCGAAGGUAGAAAUGUCUAAUGUUGUAAUCGGGUAGCAAAAUUCGAGCGAAUAGAGCGAGCUUACAGGAGGCGCAUCGGUUCAGCUUACCCGACCUGAAGCGGAUGAAAGUACAGGCCGGCCAUGACCGACUGGAACCGUAUAGCGACUCGGAGCUGAAGACCAUUUCAGCAAUCGUUUAAUCGGAGUUCGAGUUUUAGCAUGUAGCCUGUUGCGGUUGGUUAAAGUCCAGGUCCUUCUUAGUUCCGCUUCCCUAUACCCUGGGCCCUGGUCACGAUAGGAGAACAUUUUCAUCUUGAACCGCAGUUACGGACUGCUGCUGGGCCAAGAUUGUUUAGCGAGGUGUUUGUUUUUGUUCCCCCUUGGAGAAGCGCUUGCCUGUCUGUUGCCCCCCCCUUCAGUGAACUUUGUGAGACUAAUUAAAUGAAAGCAGGAAAGCUAAUUGUUGAAACCUCUAGCUCUAACCACAUAUAUAUGCAAAGCAAAGCAAAAAGAAACUACAUUCACGCUGAUGGAAAGAUCAAUGUUAUUUCUAGUAGGAAAAAACAAAUGGUCCUCGAGUGUGUUGUGGCAUGCCGGGAAGGGAGGGAGGGUAAGGUGUACCGUGUAAAUAUGCGUCGAAGCAGAAAAUACAACUGUGUCCGGUGAUAACUGUCAAGUAUUAUCUACGAACGAAUGGAUGAAGCCACUGCUGCGCUGCCAGUUGAUACAGCAAUGAUGGUUUUUCUCAGUGAGCCCACGAAUGAUCGUUCGCCAAGCGCAAACACAACAGACGAUACACGAUGUACAAUAUAGAAUGUUGUACUCUCUGCCCGUUCCAUGGCCAGGGCCGGUGUGGAUGUGUGUCUCGUGUUGUUAUAUAUAUAUAUUCAUACGUAUAUUUUUGUACAAAAACAAAGCGAAGCGAGUUUGGCAAUUAGUAGUAGUAGUAGGCGGUGGAGAAAGAUUUGACAUAAAUUAAGAUGAGUUAGAACGAAGAACAGACGAAGAGAGAGAGAGAGCGAUCACAUAGCGUGACCACGCACACACACACACAUACAUAGAUUAAAUCUUAAGGUGCAGUUUGUUGCGAAGCUGUGGCCAAUUUAAGCGCAUUUUGUUGUACAAUUUUGUAGAAAAGCCGACGAAUAACUAAUUAGGGACACGGUAUAUUAUGCGUAUGUGUGUGUGUGGAAGGCGGUGUGUAAUUGUGUAUAAAAAAACAACCCCAAUCAUGUGUUUUAGGGAAGGUAAGGGUGGUGUGGUGGUGCAAAAUGCGAUCGGCGGCAAACAUAUAGUGUACAUGAAUGUGAGGAACUGGUGAAGGCGUGCACUGGUGGGUCGAAACUAGGUGUAAGAGAUACUAUAUUAUAAGAAAGCAAUUGACAAGCGCGCUGCACAUGUGAGCGAUCGAAACCACACAUACACGAUACACUACACAAUAAGCAUGCAGCGUAAGAUGAUUCGAUGUCUCUCUUCCCAUGCAUGCAUCUGUCGAUGUUGGGCUGAUCUAUGAGCCAGCCGCCAAGAAAGCAGAAGAGUAAGAGUAGCCAAACAUGGAGUUGUGUUGAAAUCGCUGGCUUAUUCGGUGGUAAUUGGCUGGUGGAAUCGUUUUAUCGUUGAAUCGCGAAACCAGUGAGGAGUCAAUCAAACACUUGUCAAACACAGCGGACAAAGAGCGGAUAUUGCGGAAGAAAAGGGUCCGCCGCCGUCACGACGUCUAAGAAGUAAGUUCACUUAGAAGACACUUUUGGACUAAUUAAAAAGCUUUUUAAAAAGAAGAAUCCGUGUAUCGGAUGCGUGUACUGUACUGUAAAUAGCCAGCUAACAUAACCACAGUCUCUGAACCGUGUGUUGCGAUAAGUAACGUAUGUAUGUAUGCGUGUGUGUCUCUCCCUCUCUCUGUGUGCGUGUGUAUUCUGUAUUCAAAAGAAUUAUUUCCGGCAAAGCUGCUGCGGCUGCUGAACUCAAGAAAGCAUUUCCAUGGCAACGGAAUAGCGGACAAAAUGGCGGGCUAUAAAAGCAAGAAACGAACAAGCAGAUGUAAACACACAGUGUAAACAACACAUUUAUUUUGUGUUUCCCCUUCCUAACUAGCUGCAAAUCAUGAAAGCAAGCUAGUUUUUGGGGUUGAGGGUUAUUAUUUGAUUGCUUUAUAUAAUACCUGAAACAGAAUUCAGAAGAAAAAGUAAACCCCCAGCCCAGCCGCACUCGCACGUAUCUCCGCGGAAAAUUCCAUUUUUGUUCACAGUCUGUUAGCGUGCGUUAUGUGUUUGUGCUACAUUAAAAGUACUUUUUCCGUUGUGUAAUACAUUUGCUUCCGCUCCAUCGAACACAAGCGAGCAUCAUCUUCUUCGUCGUAUCUUGAUUUAGCGUAAAGCAAUUGUUCGAUUGUGGAAGAACAACAACGGCCAAACUGGUAUCUCCAUGGCUACGCGAGCAGUGUAAUACACUGUGUGUACACGAUAUCCCUGCAACAAGGGAGGACAGCGUUAGGGCGGUUUGGUUUUGGGGGAGCUGGAGGACGACGUCGUGCUGAAACGUGCUACUCGCACUCCCCAUGUUUAUUAUGAUAAGGCCACUGAGGAAGGGGGAAAACAAACAAAACAAUGCAGCAAGUUUGAUGUGUAUAAAUAACGAUAACUAUUAACCUAAUAUUAAUCAUAACGCUAACAUUACACAAUUAAUUGUAACACUGGAAUUCUAGUAAUAAUGUGGACACUACUAUUACUCGGACAGGCGCGCAUAAUCGCGAGGAAAAGGACAAAACAGACAAAAAAAUCUGCUAAAUGUGAAAAUUGCAUCCGCGCACAUACAAAAA